UCGUCUCCACCCGGAAGGCGUUGAUGGGCUGAGCUGGAUCUUUGCCGGUUUCCUUAGCAACGGUCUCUGUAGCAGAUGGCCGGCUAGCAAUUUGUUGGACUGUGCAGGAUCUGGGCCACUUUUCCCCAGCUCAUAAGUUCUUACGGCCCAGUUGACCCGAUGUUUCAUGGAACAAUCACAAAAGAGCUAACCAGUCAUGAAGAAUGGAGUCACUAUAAUGAAAAUAUAAUCGAAGAUCAAAAAGAUUUUGUUUUUGUGAAGUUCAGUGGACUUUAUUUAAAAUCUAUGGAAUAUUUGCAAUCUUAUAUCUCUCUUAAAGUAUGCGUUUUCUCAAAUAAUUUUAUUACAGAUAUUCAUCCACUUCAAAAUUGUAUAAAAUUAAUGAAACUUGACCUUCAUGGAAAUCAGAUCAAGAAUCUACCAGAUACGAAAUUUUGGAGUGGAUUAAAGUACCUAAAACUCCUCUAUCUUCAUGACAAUGCCUUUGCAAAGUUAAAGAAUUUAUGUGUAUUGUCUGCCUGUCCAAGCCUCAUUGCUCUCACUCUGUUUGAUUGUCCGGUAAGCCUUAAGAAAGGAUAUAGACAUGUUCUUGUUAACAGUAUAUGGCCUCUCAAAGCACUGGAUCAUCAUGUGAUUUCUGAUGAAGAAAUAAUUCAGAAUUGGCAACUUCCUGAAAGAUUCAAAGCAUAUAACCAGCGACUUUUCCUCAAUUUUUGCGCUGCUUUGAAAAAGGUAAUUGGCUUCAUUAGGAUUUCAUUAGAAAUGAUUUUUUAUUUUUUAAAGAAGUAGAAUUUUAGCUUCUAAAUUCUACACUUGAAUUUUAUAAACGUUUUAGUAGUUUUAUCAUUUUUAUAUAAUAAAUCAAUGAAUGUAUUAGUAAUGGCUUUCUAUCUGAGCAUUCAUAAAGACUCAUAUGCUUCGUGUAUGAAGACAUUGAUCCUAAAAUCAUGGAGUUGUAGAAAAAUAUAUUUUUGCUUUUUAAUUGAAAAUAGAGCUCUGAUUCAUUUUUGUUUGGUAUAUAAAUGACUCCUUUGAGAAAUAUUUGGUAUUUUUAGAAUGCUAUAAAGUACAAUUUAAAUUAUUUUUGGAAAAGCAAAAAUAUUCAUUCUUAAACAAUUAAUUUUGUGACAUUAGCAUAAUCAAACCAUCAUUAUAUGUUGAUUUGUAAAAUAUUGAAGAAAUGAUUAGAAAAACUUGAUUCCUAGAAUCUUUAUGAUGCUGGAUAUACAAAAAAUAAAAUGUUCUUCAUAGAAUAUCAAUGUUAGAGCAAAUAAAUAAAAGUUCAAAAGAAGGGAUUAACUCUGCAGCUAUUAGAAAAAAAUCUGAAAUACAGUAAGUAAACAAGUAUGUUGCAAAGCAGUGUUUAAUUCUGAUGUUCAUAUAUAUAGUCAUGCAUCAUUUAACAAUGGGAGUAUGUUUUGAGUAAUGUUACAAUGCCUAUAUGUUAUUAGACAAUUUUGUUAUUGUCUAAACAUCAUAGGUGUACUUCUGUGAACUAAGAUAGCUAUGACAUCAUUAAGUGAUAUAAUCUUAUGAUACCAUGACUGCAUAUGUAGUCUGUCAUUCAUGAAAUGUCAUUAUGUGGUACAUGAUUGAAUAUGCACAGACAUUUUGAGGAAGAAUAGAAAAUUAUUUUGAACAAUGAUUAAAAGUAAAAAGGUAUGUAUAAAUAUUAAACAGUAAUUAUGUAUAAGUAGAUACAAUUCUUUAAAAAUUAUGAAUAUAGUAAUGAUUUUGUAAUAUUAGUUUUAAAAACUGGGUUUUUCAUAAUAAUUUUCUUAGUCUUUUAUUUUUUUUUUUUGGUACUGGGGAUUGAACUCAGGGGCACUCAACCACUGACCCACCUCCCUAGCCCUAUUUUGUAUUUUAUGUACUAAGCAUCACUGAGAUGCUUAGUGCCUUACUGUUGCUGAGGCUGGCUUUGAACUCUCAAAUCUCCUAUUUCAGCUUCUCAAGCUGCUGGGAUUACAGGUGUGCAACACCCCAACUGUCAUAAUAAUUUUGUAAUAAUGAUUAAAAAUAUUUAAAAAAAUGAGGGAGUAUUUAAGUUUGGUAUAUUAAUCUGGACUCUUAAGGAAGAAUUUUAUUUAGGUAUUUCAUUUCUGAUAUAAUCAAAGAUAGAACCAUACACGACCCUAUUAAAGACAAUCAAAAUAAAUAAGGACCACGUGACAUUUAAGGAAGUGAUGAAAAGUUUGGUAAGUUGGAUAAAAUACAGAAGAGUUUAGAUUUCUUAGUGAAUAUAAUGAAGAUCAAUUGAAGUUAUUUGAGUAAGAAAAUAGAAUGGUUCUCUCAUUGUAUGUGCUCAUAAACCAAUGAUAUUACCAAAGUUAAAAGGCAAUUAUUCAAUAUUUUGGUAGCAGAUUAAAGAAGAUGAGGGUAAAAAACAAAUGACAGCAGGGAGAUUAGUUAUUCUGACAGGAAGGGAUGUUACAGGGUUUAUAGAGCAGACUACAAUGUCAACAAAAAUAAUAUAAAAGUAAAGGACAGAUGCUUUCAUAAAUGAUAUCACAAUUUGAUGAGAUAUUUUUAAUAAAUUGAUGUGGGAGGAGAAGAAGAAGAAGAAAUAAGGAAAUAUACCUCUAAAAUUUUGAAACUUUAUAACUGGGACAAAAAAUAAUUUAGUGGAUUGGACAGCAUUUUCAAAGUUAUAGUAGAAAGAUGAAUUUGUUCUAGGUUUUUUUUUUUGUGUGUGUGUGUGUGUGUGAAGGUAUAUAUACUAAGUAUUAGAAAAAACAAAGAACUAAAAUUUAGAAAUAGUGUUCUGCGCUUGGUGUAAGUCCAGAGGUGUCAGUCCAGUAGUCAUUUGCUUGAAGGCAAAGUUGAAACCAAGCUCUUUCAGGAAAAUAUAGGGAUCAAUGAAGACUGAGAACUAAGAGCAAGCCCUCAGGCUCAAUUUGUGUAUAGAAAGCAGAGAAACCAAUGAGAAUAAAAGGGAGUAAAAGGAGAGAUAUGGGCAUUAUUAUCACUUAAGCCAAGGGGAAAAAAGUGGAUAAAAACUGAAGAAAGUUUCUAAAGGGUCAAAGAAAUUUAGCACUGAAAGAAAUGUAUGUUGAUGGUGAAGAAUUUUUUUUUAAUCAUUGGAAUUUCAGUAGUUUUCAGAUGCAAGUAUGAAAUUGUAAUGAGUAACUGAUUGCCAAUUAUAAAAUAUUUUCUCUAAAAAUUUUGGGCAAAGGAAAUAUAAAGCCUUAAUUGCAGGAAAUAGAAUAAAUAGAAGAUAUUUUUUAAAAAUGAGGUGAUACUAAGUUCAACUUAUAUUUAAUCUGCUGAAAAUAUUUUAAGAAGAUAAAGAGUGAAAAUUUUAUAAUGAGGGGAAAAAUGAAGAAAACCACUACUAAAAACGUAUGAAUGCAAAACAACACAUACACAACAAACCUUAAAGUGCUGUCAGAAUUUUUUUUGAGUUAUAGAGAUUUAAAAAACUAUUUUAAUAACAUUUUGUUACUUUAUGAAUCAGUUUGUUGAUUCUGCUGUAAGCAAUGUUCUUUUGGUUAUUCUUUGAUAAUUGAAAAAUUUAUAGCACUAUUCAUAAAUUUUGAGAAGGAACAAAUGUAAAUCUAUUAGGAUAGAUAUUUAUUCAGCAAUAUUUUAAAUAUAAUAUUUCAUUGUACUUAUUAAUGAACACAGAAUAUUAUGAAAACUGAAAAUAAUCAUCCUAUAAGUGUUCACAUAAUGAUUUCUCUAAGAAUUACCACUCUUUUUUUUUAGUAAAUCAUGGAUGUAGAAAUUCAAGAAGAAUGUUUAUUUUGAAAGAAACCAAUUGAAUAAUGUAAUUAUUGCUUAUACCUUAUAGAACAUUAAAAACUAUUGAGAAGGGUCUUGUUUAUCCCUAAUUGUGAGGUAAAAUGAUUUCUUGUCCUUUUUUUGUGGGUAUAGUUGGAUAAUACUUUUGUUUUAAAGAUAAGAAUAUAGAUGAUUAUAUGAAAUAAAAGUAAUUUUAGAAAUUUAAA